AUGUCUGAAGCUUACGCAGGAAAGUCUGAUCAGCAGAUCAUCGACGAGCAGUUCCGAGACCUCGACAACAAGUCGGACAACCGCCUCAAGGACUCGUUCAACCCCAAAACCACCGUCACCUCGGAAGAGUCGGGCGUCAACGAGUCUGGACUCGACAGCUUCCCCGGUGCUUCCGUCAGCGUAGGCCGCACCGGCCAGACUGGUGGAGGCACCAACCCUCAGAACAUCCCUCCUGAGGAAGGUGGAGACGACCGAUCACAGCGCACCGGCGAAUCGAGCAUUCGUUUCGAAGGCUUGGGCGGUCCCGAGGACAAGAAGUACCAGGCGCUCGCCGACAACCCGGGUGGAUUCGAUGCUAACUCGAGGGGUGUAUACGAGGCUCGUCAGCCCAACUUCAACGAGCCCGUCCCCCAGACUGAGCCCCAGGCUCUCGAACCGGAUCAGGAGGCCACCGCUCGCAGCCAUGUCAUCAACUCGUGA